UGCUGGUGCCAGGGCCUGGAGAGAGAGCUGGUCAAGGACAAUUUCUCUGCCUGAUUUUACAGCGUGUUUGACAGAGCUUUCCAUUCUCUUUGCAUCCCUGUGCAUGGUGUCCUGGACGAGAGCAUCCUGGCACACGCUGCCUGCGUGGUGGCACCGAGGUGGCUCUGCACGAGGCACCCGGGCCUGCAAGGGCCCUGUGCCCUCAGCCAAAGCUGUGGCAGGUUAGAGAGAAUUUAAUGAGUUAUUCAGCAGCAUCAAAGGCCCUGUGAGAAGUAAUUAGUGCUGUGAGAUAAAAUCAGAGGGUUUAAUGCUUUUUGGCAGAGGAUCAGGUGCUGCUGCAGAAACUCCCACCCGGAGUGUGGCAGCCCAAGGCACCAGGGAGAGGGAUGAGGCCCCACCCGACUUUUUGUCCAAAAUCAGCCCAAAACACAUUCCCUCCUAAUGCAAGGAACUUCUUUUUGGUGCCUUCUGCCAGAAACAGGGCAAAAAUUGGGAGAGGGGGAACACCAGCCCUGAAAUGCUGGGGAAAUAGAGCUCUGUUCCACAGGGAUGCUGUGGAGGGGGCUGGAGGCAGCGUGUGCCAACUGUGGGGACAGCAGGUGGGAGCUUUCCAAGCCAGACAAAGGAGACCUGACAAGGACCUGUGGUGAAGGAACAAGCCCAAGGCAAGGAAGUGUCCGGUCACCUCCUCUCCUGGAACAGGCAGCAGAGCCCUGGAGAGACAGGAGACAUCUUGCAAGACUCAACACCUGGAGCAGUGCUAACCAGGUGGGCAGCCCUGAUGUCAGCCAAGCUCUACGUGCUCAUCAGCUGGCCAGACGGCAGCCGGGUCAUCAACAUCGAGAACAUCAAGGAGCCCCGCAAGCCCUUCCACCUCUACACCUUGGGGGAGCAGGUCCUGGCCCGCUGCCCUGGAUUCAGUGGGCUGUACUGGGGUGUGGUGGAAGGCAUAAGUGAGCAUAAAGGUGUUUUGGAAAAGAAGCUACUGGAAGAUCGACAGCUCCUGGAGAAGUUAAAAGAAGAACCAGCUGUCCACAGCAUGAUGCCGUCCCCACCAAAAAAAUCCAGGAAAACCUUUCCAAAAUGGACCUCAGGGAAUGCAUCCAGGAAAUACCCCAGUGACAGGACCUGUCCUGCAAAGCCAGUGCUGAGGGUGGCUGAGGCCAGCCUGCCCCAUGAUGCCAGCAGCUCCUCCAUCAAGGACAGGCGUGUCCUGGGAAGCGUGGCAGGGAGCCCCUGCUUGCUGGCAGCUCCCCCACACCCAGCCAGUGCCUUCACACCUCCAUCCACCUUCAUCACCAUGGCCAUGCCAGGGCCAGGGACUUCCCAGAGUGAAGAGGACAGGGCUGGUCCAGCUGCCAGAGAUUAUGUUGCCCUUCCAAUGAAGAGGAAGUCAGAUGGCAUCUUGUCCCCGUGCCAGCAGCAGAUCUGUCUGAACAGGGUGGAUAAGAUGAAGCAUCUGGAAAGGAUGGUGUUGGACCUCCAACAGGAUGUCCUCUCUUUGAAGAAGAAGGUGCAGAGGCUGGAAUCCCUGUCCUUCCAGGAGGAGCCCCACCGACAGCCAUGUGAGGUGGUGGAGCUCUUCAAUGGCUACACCAAGGAGCAGCUCAAAGAGACCAUCAGGUUUGACCAGAAAAUCAGCACAGCCUGCAAGACUCUGCUCUACAAACUCUUCACCUCUGACUACAUCCAGAGCCACUCCAUCACGGGGCGCAGGGGCAACACCUUCCGGGAGGCAAAGCCCAUGAUGGACGAACGCUGCAUCAAAAUCAUCAGGGUGCUGCUGAAGCAGAAGUUUGGGGAUCACCUCAGUGACACUGUGAUCACAGAGAAGAUCCAGAAUGUGCAGAAAGCCCUGAGGCAGAAGUUUAAGACAGAAUGUCUCUGAGGAGUGGGGGAUUUGGUGUCUCCUCCUGCCAUUCCCAUGUGUGCCCCUGAGCAGCCUUCCCAGGAGACAUGAGCCGAGCAGCUGCUGCUCAGUAGAUUUCCCCCAGGGAGCCAACCCAAGUAAACCAUGUGCUAAACACUGCUCAAACACUGCCAAACCUCUGCCUCCAUUAACUGAGCAGGAACUGAGCCCAGCUUGGCUCGGUUUUUGCACUCUACAAGUUCCUUCCCAUCCAGUCUGUGUGCAAACCUCACUGUGGGUGCAUGGAAUCACCUCUAUGACUCUGAUGGUGCUCAAAGGCUUCAGGGCUCCAUUUGAGUCCAAGAAUGGGUCAGAAAGGUAGGCUUGUUCCACACUUCCACAUUUCCACAGAAAUGUUGGCUUUGGGAUAGGGAAUCCAGCUGCAGACAACCUGUGUCACCCAAUGUGGCUUCUCUCUCUCUGCCUCUGGUUGCCUCAUUCUGCCUGUGGGACAAUAUUUACUCUUUCCUAACAGUGAAUGUUUUAUUUCCAACACUAACAGAAAAGCAGACUCAUUAAAAUGACUCCUUAAAACAUUCAGAAAAUGAUAACUUGAUUUUUUCCCCUUCUAUUUGAAUGUAGCUAUAUGGAGGAGUUGUCUUCCCUAACAAAAGCCUGCUGAACAAGAGAAGGAGUCACCCAUGAAAGUUACAUUAAUUUUCCUUUCUAGAUCAGAUUAUUUCCAUACAGGAGAAAUCCCUUACAUUUUUAUGACACAAGAGUGAGGGAUGGAGGACAAAAUAUGGCCCAACUUUGCUUCAAAGAUACACAUAUUGUGGACACUGCCACUGUUAUUUAAAUACAGUAUUUUUAUCCUAGAUAAGAAAUGCCAAGCACAACCAGACACUUUGCUGAGGGACUACAGAGAAGGUCUAGAAAGACACAUCUUUUCCUAAAUAAUUCAGAGCUGGAGUGUGGGUGGGUUAAAAUUGUUCUAAGUGUUAAAAGAAUGAGAUGCUGACACCAGUCCAGCACUUAACAGAAGUGCUGCAAAAUACCAAACAUUCCCUUUUACAGAAGCUUCUCAGACAAGGAAUUGGUUUUCUCAGCUUAAUUUUUAAAUUAUUCAGGAAA